AGAGAGUUCAGCGUUGAGUUCAUGGCGGAGAUCAAGAAAUUUAAGACAAUCGGAGUGGUGGGCAGCGGCCAAAUGGGCUCAGGAAUAGCCCAACUGGCCGCCACGUAUGGCUUUGACGUUUGGCUCCUUGACACCGACCCGGACGCUCUCUCAAGAGCCACCAAGUCCAUCUCUAGCUCCAUCCAGCGCCUAGUUUCCAAAGGGCAGCUCAGCCAGGAUGUAAGAAAAGAUGCUUUAGAGCGUCUACAAUGUACCUCAAAUGUUGAAAAUCUUUGUUCGGCAGAUAUUAUUAUUGAAGCUAUUGUGGAAUCUGAAGAUGUGAAGAAAAAGUUAUUUCUUCAACUAGAUAAGAUUGCAAAACGUUCGGCCAUACUGGCUUCUAAUACAAGUUCCAUCUCCAUUACUCGUCUUGCAUCAGCAACUAGCAGACCACACCAGGUGAUUGGCAUGCAUUUUAUGAAUCCUCCUCCUUUAAUGAAACUUGUUGAGAUUGUGCGAGGAGCAGACACAUCAGAUGAGACAUUUGAUGUCACAAAAGCCUUGGCAGAGAGGUUUGGCAAGACCGUAAUAUGCUCUCGAGAUUAUGCUGGGUUUGUUGUGAACAGGAUCCUAAUGCCGAUGAUAAAUGAAGCAUUUUAUGCACUUUACACAGGUGUGGCGACAAAAGAAGACAUUGAUGCAGGAAUGAAGCUGGGAACAAACCAUCCAAUGGGUCCUCUUGAGCUUGCAGAUUUUAUUGGAUUGGAUAUCUGCUUAUCUAUUCUGAGAGUUCUUCAUGUUGGCCUCGGGGACAAUAAAUAUGCUCCGUGCCCCAUUCUUGUACAGUACGUUGAUGCAGGUCGCCUUGGAAGAAAACGAGGUAUUGGGGUAUACGACUACCGUCAAACGCCUGAAUCAGUAAAACCUUCAUCUAAACUUUGAACCUGUGGCGUUUCGAGGAUAGCUUACUGCAGAAAGAGAUCAUCUCCGGAUCUCUUCCACCAAGGCCACCAGAUCAAAUGAUCCGGGCCUUUCAAAUUUCAUUUAACGGCCCACCUGUUUUGACCUCUUAAAAGCUGUGAUAAUAUUUGGCUGUUGGUUGAAAUUUUGAAGGUCCAAAUUACUUGAUCCGAUGGCUUUGGUGAAAAAGAUCCAGAUCUCUCCGCUUACUGCCAUCAUCUAUACAGUAGUUGUGGAUUGUUUUACAUUUUUCUAAUAAUGAUUGAAAAGUAGUACCUUAUUUUUUCAAUCAAAACAUAAACCGCAUGUAAUUCCCUGGAUUACUGAAUUUUGCUUCUCGUUUGUUUUAAUUGUUUUGAACUUUUUGUGAAGUGUAAAAGUAACAAUGAUAGGUAAUGUGCACUCUAUUUUAACUCGACAAUGUACUGCAAAAGAAGGUAAAAUCCGUCAGUACAUUGUUGUUGUUGUUGCAAAUCGCACGAAACUUGUAACUGAAAUGGUUAAUCGCAUUUACUCAUGCACCCGUAGUUCAACUUUGGAUUCAUUAUGCUCUAACACCAAUGGAGAAUAGUUCUUUCCCCAAGUAGGUUGAAACUCACAUGAAUCCCUCACUUUUUACCUGGAAGCAGUGGAGCCAAAUGGGCGAUAUUGUCGAACAAAAUAUGAUAACGCUAUGGCUAUAGGCUAGCUUGCAUUAUUUGUUUGUCAAACAUCAUUAGUUGUUGAUUAACAUUAGCAAAUAAUUAGUGAUGUAAAACAUGUUUGCAUUUAGUGCUUGCCAGCUCACUGAUGGACUGGGCUCAGGUAUCACUUAGUGUGUGAAAAAGAAAACAAGAGUUAGUUGCUCUUGCUCAUUAUGUAUGGUACAUCAUGACCCCACAAGGGAAAGCCUUUUCAUAGAAGGGGAAUGUUACUAACUUUUUCACUUGCAUUUUUUCGUUUAACUAUUUUCAUUCCUUUUUUAUUCUGCAAUGUUAUUUGAUAAUUCGAACUGUUAUGAUUUCUAGGCUACAACUACAAAAUCAAUUAUGCAAAUAACCAACCAAAUGAAAUCGUUUAAUUGUUCAAAUAAAGUUGUCAAAAUUUCAGUGUUGCAGUGAGAAACAUAAUUUGUCUAUUUAUUGAAUUUAGUUAAACUCUUGCAUAUAUGUAUUUUAAAGAACGUCUUAAAAAAUAGACGGUUCAAAUCGUCGUGCAAUAUUACAAGAUGAAAAAGAGAUUCGAGAAAGUAAAAUAAAAAGGUAUAAGAAAAUUGCAAACAUUUUUUUUUUUUGAAGAAUUACCUUCAUUUGGUGAUCAUGGCUAUUUGGCGAGCCCCACUGACUCACUGAGCCCUAGCCCCAGUCCCAUUCCGAAGCUGGCAUUAUUAGGCAGACAUCACCUUUAUUGCCGCUUGAGAGUGAUAGAAGUGGAAUCCAACUGUUGUAUUUUCUCCUCUUUUUUAUUUUUUUAAUUUCUGCAAACCCCACAGGUUUAAUAAUUAGAUAAGAAAGGAGAUAGAAAUGCAAGGCAAAGCUCAAGUACUUUUGCUACACAUAAAGUUCUGAGGAAAAUUUGAGAGCAGAGAAUUAUUAGGUGAAAGAAAAGCUAUGAAGUUCUUGUUCCAGUGUCCAUGCUGUUCUUGUUUCUGCUUCAUGAAGCCGAAGAAGGGCAAAGCGAGGGUGAAGGCGGCGGCAACGGAAGUGGCCAAGGAAGAGAAGAAGGUUGAAGCAAAAGAAGAGAAGAAGGUUGAGUCCAAGGAAGAGAAGAAAGAAUGACAACAAUGCAGCUACCUACAACAUCAGAUCAUAUAUGCCUAUCAAACAUGUAUUUUGAUUGUUGAUUGUUAAACCCUUCUUUAGUUCUUCAAGUUCGAUUUAUAUUAAGUGUGUACGACCAUGAAUGAGUUUGAUAUGCUAAUAAGCUUGCAUGCAUUUUCGUGUUCCGAUUCUAAUGUGGGAUGCUGCAUUUUGUUGUAAUAUUUGAGAGAUGGGGUUUCAAAGCAAAUUUCCAGUAGUA